AUGACGUUCAGCCGCUUCUUCUCGAGCUCUGCCGACGAUGGUCGAGGAGAAGACGCAGAGAUGCAGGCUCCCAGGGACGGAACCGCGGUUUUGCCCGUCGGGGUGAAUGCUUCGUUAACAUUGGCGGCCGAAUCUCUCAUUGUCCAAGGCGUUGCGCGAACCACACGAUCCAUUCCCUACUUCAACAUCCUCUGGGCGGAUAUAUCGGAUAACCACCUCAACAUCAAGUACGCCAACCCAAAAUCCAAGAACGACGUUGGAGUUGCAACGAUUUGCUACACUAUCGAACGCACACAGCUUUCAAAGGCCGAAACAUGGAUUUCCUCUCUAUUGGAUUUGUCGUACGGAGAAGCACAACGGAACAAGCGGAUAAAGGUUCUGGUAAACCCUUUUGGGGGCAAGGGUAGUGCUUCCAAGACAUUUUACAAGGAAGUUGAACCAAUAUUCGAAGCAGCUCGGUGCGAAAUUGACACGCAAGUGACGGAAUAUUCUGGUCACGCCGUUGAUAUUGCAGAAAAGAUCGACGUAGAUGCAUGGGAUGUCAUUGCUGCUUGCUCCGGUGACGGGGUAAUCUUUGAGAUAUUCAAUGGUCUGGGUAAAAAAGAGAAUGCGGGCGAGGCUCUAGCGAAGCUGGCCGUCGCUCACGUCCCCUGCGGCUCGGGGAACGCAAUGAGCAGGAAUCUCAAUGGCACUGCGGGCCCUAGCAUGGCUGCGCUUUGUAUCAUCAAAGGCUUGCGCACGCCUCUCGACCUGGUAUCGAUCACCCAUGGGGAACAACGAACGCUUUCUUUCCUGUCCCAAGCUUUCGGUAUCAUAGCAGACACAGACCUUGGAACAGAGAAUCUGCGGUGGAUGGGAGCUGCUCGUUUCACAUUCGGCUUCUUGGUCAGGUUACUCGGCAGUAACGUCUAUCCGUGCGACGUAGCCCUCAAAGUUGAGAUCGACGACAAGAAUCGCAUCAAAGAACACUACAACGCCAUAGUGCAGAACAAGUCCAAUGUAGAGCCCCGCGGAGAGAUACCUGAAUCGGGGGGCCUUCCACCUUUGAAAUACGGCCUAGCGACAGACCCUAUACCCGAAGAUUGGAUGCGUAUCUCGCAUGACAAACUCGGCAAUUUUUACUCUGGAAACAUGGCCUUCAUGGCGCAGGAUGCCAAUUUCUUCCCUGCAUCGCUUCCAAACGAUGGGUUCUUGGACGUUAUUAUGAUCCGAGGAGAUAUAAGUCGAAUCACUGCGUUACAGAUGCUAGGCGCUUUGGAUAACGGGGAGCUCUUCGACAUGCCUGAUGUACAUGCGCUGAAGAUAUCAGGAUUUCGAAUAACACCCAGGAGCCAGGAUGAUGGAUAUAUCAGCAUCGAUGGCGAGAAAAUCCCCUACGAGCCAUUCCAGGCCGAGGUUCAUAAGGGACUUGGAACAGUGAUCUCUCGGUCUGGAUUCAAAUUUGAAACCGGCAAGGGAUCCUAG